AUCAAGAAAGUUUCUUGGAGUUUUCUUUGGUGUUUUGUGCAUUGGUAGAUUUAUUUAAUUAAUUAACGUAAUUAAUUAGUUGUUAAUCCAUAAGAAAAACUGGGGCUUGACCCCAAUUUUGGAACUAUAUUUAAUCGAACGUUACAAUUUGAAGUGAAUGAAUGCAUGAAUGUCGUCGCCAACAAGGCGUUGUAAAUCUGAUGAUAACAUCCACAUGAUUAAGGCAGCCGCCGUCAACACCACCGCCGGCGGCGGCGCUAGCACUUCCCCUAGCAGCUCUACAGCCACCACCCCUGACAAUUCUGUUAAGGGUGAAAAAAAGAAGUGUAUCAUCCCAAAGCUCUUUAGUUCCAAAAGAAGCAGUUUAGGAAGCUCUGAAGAGGAUCUAACACAAUCAGAUAACAAUGAUCAAGAAGUGGAUUGGAAGAUUAUAUCAAGGAGAAAAGCUUUUCUUGAAACGUCUCCUACAGUGAAGAGAAGUUUCUCAGAAAGGCAUAAUAGUGCACGGAUUGAAGGCCUAAAUCUUUCGACUUUUGAUCAUUCCACGGCACCUGCUACUAUGAUUAAAAGUAUUAGGGUUUUUGCCGGUACAUGGAAUGUAGGAGGAAAAACUCCUAAUCAUGGACUUAAUCUUGAAGAUUUCUUGCAAGUGGAAGGUUCUGCGGACAUAUAUGUUUUGGGGUUUCAAGAAAUUGUUCCCUUAAAUGCAGGAAAUGUAUUAGUGAGUGAAGAUAGUGAGCCAGCAGCAAGAUGGUUAGCCCUCAUAAGCCAUGCAUUAAACAAAUCAUAUCAUGAACCAGUUCAUUCUUGUGAUUCAAGCUCCCAUAAUUCAAAACAUUCAAAAUCCAACUCUUUUCAUAAACAUUCUCUUAAAAGCCUUAGCAGGAGUUUGAGAGCUAAUAGUACCCUUCUCAAGACCUGUAAUUGCCCUUUAGAGUCAACAACAACAACAACAACAAGGCGUCAAAGAAAGCUCACUGAUCCUUCUUGUUCUCCCUUGAAUCAUUAUCGCGAUUCGAGUGAAGAAGAUUUACAAUCAAUUGCAGAAUUUCCUUCUUCUAAUGGUUUGAGUUAUAAUCUCAUAGCGAGUAAGCAAAUGGUGGGGAUUUUCCUUUCAGUUUGGGCACGAAAAGAGUUAGCACAUCAUAUUGGCCAUCUCAGAAUAUCUUCUCUUGGAAGAGGUAUCAUGGGUUGUCUUGGGAACAAGGGGUGUAUAGCAAUAAGCAUGUCACUGUAUCGAACGAGCUUUUGCUUUGUGUGCAGUCACUUGGCUUCUGGGGAGAAAGAAGGAGAUGAGCUGAGAAGAAAUGCUGAUGUAGCUGAGAUUCUCAAAAGCAUACAAUUUCCCAGAAUUUGUAGGAUUCCAGACAGCCGAAUGGCAGAAAAAAUUAGUGAUCAUGGCCGUGUGAUAUGGCUUGGAGACUUGAACUACAGAGUGUCUUUGAGCUAUGAGGAAACGAGGCUUUUGUUAGAGGAUAAUGACUGGGACUCUCUUCUUGAAAAGGAUCAGCUGAAUGUGGAGAGAGAAGCAGGAAGAGUAUUCAGUGGGUGGAAUGAAGGCAAGAUCUUCUUUGCCCCAACUUAUAAGUACUCUCAUAAUUCAGAUUCCUAUGCCGGAGAGACUACCAAAUCAAAGAAGAAACGUCGAACCCCUGCAUGGUGUGAUAGAAUAUUAUGGUUAGGCGAGGGUAUUGAACAAUUAUCUUAUAUUCGAGGAGAGUCAAGAUUUUCAGAUCAUAGACCGGUUUGUGCAGUAUUUGCCGUGGAUGUGGAGGUGGAGAUAGAGGCCAACAACAACAACUCAAAGUUUAGAAAGGGUUUUUCUUGCACUGCUACUAGAUUGGAGUAUGAAGAUUUAAUACCCCAGAGACACAGUUUCUAUGAUUAUUGAAAUUGAAAAUUAAUUUAAAUCUUGUACAGUUCACCUUUUAAGGAUCUUGAGGCAGAAAGGUUUCCCUCUAUUAUCUCAUUAA